CAUCGUCUCCAGAUUUUUUCUUCUCAAAUUUCCCAAUUUGAAACCCUAGUUUUCCAGAUUUCCAGCAAUUGGCAUGAUCAAACGUCAUAAUUCUUCAAAUGACAAUCGCUAUUUCUCAAGGCUUUGCUUGCAGAACACAUCUAUCUUUCAAUCUCCCCCUUUUUAACCGUGUGCAAAAGGCAAGACAAAGUUUUUCUGUGGCAGCCAUUGAAUCUUUGGCUGAAUCAGUAAAUGUUCAUAAAGAAGAUUUUCGGAUUUCACCUGCUAGAGAUGUAAAUGUAGGAGGAAAUGAUGAUUGCAAACCAGAAGAAUGGAAAAAAUUAUGUUCUAAAGAACUUGGAAUCAGGACUUCAAGGAUUGCAAAGCCUGCAAAAGUUGUUUUGAAUGUGCUUAGGAAAAAAGGAUAUGAGGUAUACCUUGUUGGAGGGUGUGUACGCGAUCUUGUAUUAAAGCGAACUCCUAAAGAUUUUGACAUCUUAACAUCCGCUGAACUUAAAGAGGUAAUGAGAGCAUUUCCCCGUUGUGAAAUAGUCGGAAGGCGAUUUCCGAUCUGUCACGUACACGUCGAUGAUGCCAUUGUGGAGGUUUCAAGUUUCAGCACGAUCGGAAGAAAGUUCGGUAGGAAGUCGAAAUCUUCCAUGAGGAAACCUUCGGGUUGCGAUGAAUAUGAUUUCGUUCGAUGGAGAAAUUGUAUGCAGAGGGAUUUUACAAUCAACGGGUUGAUGUUUGAUCCAUUUGCGAGGAUCGUGUAUGACUAUGUUGGCGGAAUGAAAGACAUCCAAAAGGCUAAAGUUCGUUGCAUAAUUCCUGCAAGCACUUCUUUUGCGGAAGAUUGUGCUCGCAUUCUGCGUGGGAUUAGAAUUGCUGCGCGUUUAGGGUUUCGGUUUUCCAGAGAAACUUCUCAUUAUUUAAAAGAGUUCUCGGAUUCUUUGUUAAGGCUUGAUAAGGGCCGGAUACACUUGGAAAUGAAUUAUAUGCUGGCAUAUGGGUCUGCAGAGGCUUCAUUACGGUUACUUUGGAAAUUUGGACUCCUUGAGAUUCUUCUACCCCUCCAAGCAUCUUAUCUUGUUUCACAUGGAUUUCGCAGACGUGACAAGAGAUCGAACAUGCUCCUGUCUUUGUUUGCUAGUUUGGAUAAACUUCUAGCACCUGACCGACCGUGCCACUCUUGCCUAUGGGUUAGCAUUCUAGCGUUUCACGAAGCAUUGGUGGAACAACCUCGGGAUGCGUUGGUGAUUGCCGCCUUUAGCAUCGCGGUUCACAGGGGUGGAUCGUUAUCCGAAGCAGUAGAUAUCGCAAAACAAAUCUCACAGCCUCAUGAAACAAGCUUCCAUGAAAUAUCACAAUCUUGUUACGCGUAUACAAAAGACGAAUUAAUGGACGAAGUUAUAAAACUCGCAGAUUCUGUCAAAUCCACAUUGAGGAAACUAACAGACGAAAAUAUAGUUUCGCAGGCCCUGGUCCAGUACCCCCAAGCCCCACAAUCCGAUAUGGUUUUUAUAUCGUGGGCUCUAUCGUUAAAGGUAUGUUCGAUGUUUGAUUGCGUUAAAAGGGGGAGAAAUCGGAGGUUUGUAUCGAACAGAGGAGGUGAAAUCGACUAUGAGUCGUUGGCAUUGGGUAGAUUGGAUGAAGUGAGGGACAUUUUUGGUAGAGUUGUAUUCGACACCGUAUACCCUAUACAGUUGGCUACACAAUGAACUUAUUGGAAAGGUUUUUUAUUUAUUAGAAGCAUGGAUUAUUAUUCAUUUAUUUUUCUUCUCUAGUUGAGGUCAGGGUUUAUGACUUGAAAGGUGCCACAAAAGGUGUUCAAGAAAAUGUAUACAUACCAUAAGAAAAUGUUGUAUGAUUUUGGUUAUGGUUGUUACAUGUAGAAUUGUAGUUGCUUGUGGUUGAUCUUAGUUGGAGGCAUUUUGUAUGCUGUAAAGACGUUUAAAAUAAAGAUUAUUAAAACA